AUCAACCGCUUGCUGCUACUAGCCGCCAGCCAAAAGCAGCGGCAGCGACGCCUCACCUCGCCUCGCCCUCGUCUCCGGCCGCGCCGCUUGCUGGGAGCUAGCUUUGGAGGAGGAGGAGGAGGAGGGGCGCGAGCCAUGGCGGAGAAGGAGGAGUCAACGUCGAUCCCGCUCAGCCAGGCGGCGGAGGCGGUUGACCCGGAGGACCCGGCCAAGUCGCCGCCGCGGCCCAGCUCGCCCACCACCUCCACCCGCAAGGCAUGCUGCGCUGUUCUUCAAAGUUGGGUGUCAAGAAAAUUUAUGACUGGAUGGUACAUCUUUGACAGGAACCAAGUUAAGCAUGUUACCAAACAAAAAGUAAAAAAUCAUGCAUUGUUCUUCUUCCCUUUUUUUUUUUGCAGCGUCGUUCUGUUUCCUGUUGCUGUCACGUUCUUCAUCACAUGGUGGUUUAUUCAAUUUGUUGAUGGCUUUUUCAGCCCACUAUAUGCAAAACUUGGGAUCGACAUAUUUGGUCUUGGUUUUCUGACUUCUCUGGUAUUCAUUUUUCUGGUUGGAAUAUUUGUUUCCUCAUGGGUGGGUUCAACCAUCUUUUGGGUUGGAGAAUGGUUUAUAAAGAAAAUGCCAUUUGUUCGGCACAUAUACUCUGCAUCAAAGCAAGUCAGCACUGCCAUUUCACCAGAUCAAAACACAACAGCUUUUAAAGAAGUUGCGAUAAUUCGUCAUCCACGUAUUGGUGAAUAUGCAUUUGGAUUUAUAACAUCAACUGUUGUUCUUCAGACUGACAAAGGCGACGAAGAACUGUGCAGCGUUUAUGUGCCAACAAAUCAUCUUUACAUUGGUGACAUAUUUCUGGUGAACUCUGAGGAGAUAAUAAGACCAAAUUUAUCCAUUCGAGAAGGAAUCGAAAUAAUUGUUUCUGGAGGAAUGACUAUGCCACAGGUGAUCGCGUCCCUUGAACCCACCCCAAGGAAGAGCCAGAAUAUCCGUCUAAAUAGAAUAAUGACAUAAUGUCAUACGAGAGCUCAAGUGCUCAACACGAUCGUGUUAUGUGUGGAAUCGGUGUGACUCUGGUGCUCUGACCAUUGCUCUGUUCAUCUUCGUUUCUGUUGUGUCAAAAUGUGGAGGCUGGAGAGGAGAACACGGCGUGAGAUUGAUCGAGCCAUCUUAGGCUCGUGGCAUUACAGAAGGUGGCGGAAGCACCAUAUCGAUGCUCAGGAAUAGUAUUGGUUGUGUGUCACAUGCCGCGCUACUCUUUGGUUGCUGACUGGUCUGAAAUGUUAACGUCCCUAGUGCAAGUGCAACUGAUUAAAUUCAUUUGUAACAAUAUCAUGUAUAACAUCAUGUCGACCUCGUAUUACGUAGAGUUGAUUAUACCAUGUGAGAGCAUUUCUUUGUUUUAUCAAUGGAGGGCGCUUGCAUCCAA